GAAAAAAUGCCUUCAAAUGAAUUAAAUUCUCCUUUAUUGAAUUAUGAACAAUUAUUGAUGACCGAAAAUAUUAAAAAGGAAAAACUAAAUUUUUAUAUGGGUCCCGUUAUUUUUAUGGAUAAACAACUGAAAAGGCUUAGAGAGGCGCCUGUACACACAGUCAUUAGCCCGGAAAGGUUCCAAAUAAGCAUUGACCUGUCAAUUUUUGAACCAGAAGAUAUUCAGUUACUCUUAUCUAAAGGCCAAUUAGUUGUUUUGGCAGAAAGAGAAGUUAGAAUUAACGAAUCGUCUGUGGUUGUUCGACAUUUCCGUAGGAAAAUAAGUAUACCCGAGGAUGUGGUGACCGAUGCUGUUGCUACACAAAUUAAUUCGUAAAUUUUAAUUAAAUUUAUCUUGGAAUGUAUGCUAAUCUCGUUUCAAUGGAGUAAGUUAACCUGUUUGGGUAAACUAAGCAAGCAUCUUGCUGAUAUCUCUAAUCGCAUCACUCCUCAGUAUCUCCCUUUAAUUUUCUUUGUAUUAUCAUUUUGUC